UCGAACCCCAAGAACCGCGUGGCCCCUGAACCUCGGCUCGGGAGACCCCACGCAUGGCGCCGCGUAGCCGCUGAGCGGCCACCACAGCCCCCGUAACUUGAACUCCGCCCUCACCUUCUCGGCCUCUCGGCCUCCUUGCAGCAAAUACACGAGGGCAAACGCAUUGCGAUCGGAGAUUUUUCUCAUUGACAGCAGCCACGCACUUGCCAAGUCGCCAUGGCUGACGACUGGGAUAUAGAAGCAAUGCUAGAGGCACCGUUUAUGAAGGAGGUGGGUGUUUCUGCGGUGCCAUGUUCUAACACACUCAGUGUAAACUAUUAAGGACUAGAACGUGCUGUUGAGUCAGUUCGCUGCAUGCCACCUUCAGGCAUCACUGGCUUCCUAUUGGCUGCUGUUGUCCUAACAGAGGCAGUAGAAGGCAGUGGUCCUCGUUAAUGGUUUUGUGUUUAGGGUUUAAACUUUAAAGUGCAGUUAUGUUAUUGUUAAAUGUUCUUUCAUUCCAAUAUCGAUGUUGAUUGAGAGCAACCAAAUGAAGCAAUUCACUCUUCCUAGAUGCCUAAGCCAUCCCAGAGUUACGCUAAGCGGUACAAGACUGGAAUGGUUAUUGUGCAGGAUUUGACCUGCCAUUGCCAAGGUAUGUGCCCUCAAACAAAUACUUUUGAUAUGCACAAUUGCAGUUUUCAUGCGCAUUACUUAUGAACGGAUUUAGAACUUCCCCCUGUUACACAUCUGUAUGGUAGACUUUUCGGGUUUUACAUUAGAUUUUUUUUAAAUGUCCUGAAAUGCGUGAGACGUGUAAAAGAAAGUUGUGAAUUUUGCAGGGUGCUAAUGUAAGUUCAAGAAAUAGCUGGAGGGUCUUUUCGGAACUGCAAUUCUUAAUGUGCCCCCUUUUGUUUCGGGUUUCCAGGUGAGUAGAUUGCAGAAAAUGGAAGUUUCUUUGACCUCAAGUUUGGAACAUCACUUGAAGUGUGGGUGUGUGUGUGGAAUGUGGAAUAAUUGUACGGUACCGUACGUGGCUCGUUUAGUGCUACGAUGCUCAUUAAGCGACAUUUGAAUUGUGUAAUUGAAAAGCCGAAUUGCCGCGUAAAUUUUUAUUUAAAUUUCACCAGCACAUUUUUGGACAAACUGGCCCUGUUUUUUAAGUUCCCAUAAAGAUAUCGAUUUAUAUUUUAACUGUCACCCUCGGGGGGGCCAGUCCCCUGCGCAUGAUUUCGGCUCAUCGUUGUGCCCACCCGUGUCCGCUAUUGCAUUACUGUUUGUCUCGGCAGAAUGUAAGCGCGGCGGACAAGGUUGCGGCUGCGGCGGCUAGCGAUGUGCCCUUCAGCUACCUCGGCGUGCGUAAAUGCACCGCAGUACAGUUUUUCGUGACACUGACCAUACAUGUCCCCCCUCUUUGUGCUCUCACUGCGUGUUACCCCGUCCCUGUUGAUUGAUGUGAACGCAACGUUAUGCCGCUGUUAUGUCGACCUGCAUAGGAAGAGAAAAAGAGCUCUGCCAUUCACUCUUCUGGAGAAAAAUCCAAAAACAGGAGCCGAGACAAGCGUCGUAGUCGCAGUCGCGACCGGCGCGAUGGUAAACCCGGCCGGAAUCGCGAGGGGCGAAGCCGGAGUCACGGGCGGCGGCGAAGCCGCUCCCGGAGCCGGGGCCACCGGCACGGGGGCGGCAGUGGGGACCACGGCAAAUUCAGGAGCCCCAGUUUUCGCCGCAGUGGCCGCAGCAAGAGUAAAAGCCCACGGAGGAAGAGCCCCAUCAGGUCUAACACUGCUGCCAUGGGCCAUGCAGCGACCCACGAGGAGCGGCCCCCACACCCUACUAGGGCCCCCAUCGAUAACCUGACUCCCGAGGAACGCGAUGCACGCACGGUGUUCUGCAUGCAGCUGGCAGCACGAAUCCGACCCCGGGACCUUGAGGAGUUCUUCUCCGCCGUGGGCAAGGUGCGCGACGUGCGCAUGAUCUCAGAUCGGAAUUCCCGGCGCUCCAAGGGCAUCGCCUACAUCGAGUUUGUGGAAGUGGACUCGGUGUCUCUGGCCAUUGGGCUGACGGGUCAGCGUCUCCUUGGUGUGCCCAUCAUCGUCCAGGCCUCCCAGGCUGAGAAGAACAGAGCUGCUGCAGCGGCGGCUGCUGCAGCAACAAUGCAGAAGAGUACCGCCGGGCCAAUGCGUCUCUAUGUGGGCUCACUACACUUCAACAUCACCGAGGACAUGCUCAAGGGCAUCUUCGAGCCCUUCGGCAAGAUCGAGAACUGCCAGCUGAUGAUGGACAGCGACACGGGCCGGUCUAGGGGCUACGGCUUUGUCACGUUUGCGGACGCGGAGUGCGCACGCAAGGCACUGGAGCAGCUCAACGGUUUCGAGCUGGCGGGGCGACCCAUGAAGGUUGGCCACGUCACGGAGCGCUCGGACGGCUCGGGCGCCAGCUCAUUCCUCGAUAACGACGAGCUGGAGCGCACGGGCAUCGACCUGGGCAGCACAGGACGCCUGCACCUCAUGGCCAAACUGGCCGAGGGCACGGGGCUGCAGAUUCCACUGGCGGCCCAGCAAGCGCUGCAGAUGACUGGGGGCUUUGGUCUGGGCACUACGAACCCCGUGAUGCCGGUGCUGAACAACGCUGCGCCGCCUUCCAUCGCCACACAGUGUAUCCAGCUGUCGAACAUGUUCUCUCCAGAGAGCGAACAGUCGCACACCUGGGAUCAGGACAUCCGCGAUGACGUCAUCACGGAGUGCAUGAAGCACGGUGGCCUAGUGCACAUCUUCGUUGAUAAGAACUCCCCCCAGGGUAACGUGUACGUGAAGUGUUCCUCAGUCGCGUCCGCCAUCGCCACCGUCAACGCCCUGCACGGACGGUGGUUCGCUGGGAAAAUGAUCACCGCGGCUUUUGUGCCGGUUCCAACCUACCACAACCUCUUCCCGGACUCGACCAUGGCAACCCAGCUGCUGUUUCCCGUCAGGAGCUCUCAAGGCAUUUGAGGGGGGGCAGGCAACGAGAAAUGGCGACAACGUCCUGGAGGAGAGAGACAUUCCACACGGAGCCGCGUGGGGGCCCGGGGCGGUGACCUCGUUGGCUUGUACUUACAACCCUCCAAUAGCAGCUGUGGUAUUCCUGACUUUUAGAACCGAAAAUAAUAAUAAUUACAUAACAUACAGACGUAGGCCAAGUCACCGACGGUGCUUGCCUUGGUGUGAAAGUUCCACACAAUUUGGUGUUUGAAUGGUUUAACUCUGUAGCUUUUUGAAUUAAUGUUUUUUUAAGCAUUUUCGGUAAAUAUUUCAGUGAUACCUCCUGUCAUUGGUGGCUGUUCCAGUAAUUAUCGCCAUCUGCUUUGUUAAAAAAAUAAUCUUGUAUAAAGUUGGGGGUGUGUGGCUCUGUGAGCUCUCAAGCCUUUGUUUGCUAUGUUUUGUGUUAUUUUGUCAGGAAUCCUACACUGUAAUCGCUGGUAAUUUUUUUCAAAAUGUUUAAAGUUUGUAAAGAGAUGGUUUCAAAUAAACACAUUCUUCGAAAGUU